UUUAAAUACACUUGAUUUAAUGUAAAUAUUUAGUAUACCAAAAUGUAGUUAAAAGCUUCAAAAGCCCAUCAAGAAACAAUGCUCAGCAGAGAAUAUCUCUCAUUUUGGGAGUCAAUAUCUCAGGUCUAUUUCAAUCAUUAUACGUUGGUCCUAGUAAUUCUAAUAAUUAAAAUAUACAUAUUUAAAACUUCCAUUAUUUCAAGCCUACAAGAUAUUCAACAUGAAUUGAAUUGUUCAGAAAUUAACACUCUGAUGCUUAAAUCUCUUAUAGUAGAUAGCAUAAAUCUGAUUCAAUUAUCGAAUUUAAAGCUAUUUCAAAUGAUGAUCUUAGUAGUUCAAAAUUUAAUCUGGUUUCUAAUUGAACUAUUUUUAGGUACUUAUACUUGCUUGUUACAAGCUUUCAUUAUAGGAACGGCAGAUUUUGCUAUUGAUACUAGUGAAGCUAUUAUCGUGGGAGUGAACUCAACCAUAGUGGGAUUGGCAAAUGAUAUAGAAGAUGGCUUGAAUGGAUUAAGUACUAUAAUUAACGGUCUAAUUAGUGCUGCAUCAAGUAUUGCUAAUUUCUUCAAAGGUGGUACUAGUAAUAACAAUGGUGAGCAGUAUCAAAACUCAAUAAAUUUAUCAAUUGCAGGCUUAAGAAAUAUUUCAAUUCCAGGUUCAGUUUUAACAGAAAUGAACAAUUUCAAAACUACCCAACUACCUAACUUUACUAAUCUAGAAACUGAUACCAAGAAAUUGAUAUCCGAACCUUUAACAAGUUUAGCUAAUCUUUUUAAUACAUCCAAUAGUAAUCUCAUUAAUGUUAAUUCAAGUAAUUUCCCUCAAUUUCCAACUCAAAUCUGCAAUAAUGUAUCAGCUGCUUAUAUUAAAGAUUUAACUUUCCUUUCAGAAAAGGUGGAAUUAACAGCUAGAUGGAUUUUUGUACUCCUUAGUGUUUGUUGUGUUGUUUCAAUAUUACCCUUGAUGUUGAAACAUUAUCGUCACUACUACAUACAUAAUCCGAACCUUUUUGAAUCCUUAAAUGGUUGUGUAAGUGGAAACUAUAGAGAUGAUAUUAUAAUGACCAACAAUGUUCUAAAUAGGUAUAAUAAUUUCUUCUUGAAUUACUUGGGUUAUCCAAUAUUUAAAAUCAAGAGUCAUAAGAUAAAAUGGUUAAUAAGCUAUUUGAGUACUAAAUAUUGUAUGAUUAUUUUUGGUUUAGGAUGUUUGGGAUUAUUAUCAGUAUUAUUGCAAUUCAUAAUUAUCAAAGUAUUAACAAAUCAUAUUUCAUCAUCGAAUACUUUCAAGGAAGUUCUAACACAAACAAAUUCUACUACAAACUCAUUAGAAGUUACUAAUUUUAUUAAUCAAAUAAAUACAUUUAUUCAAGAUGAAGAAGAUCAGAUCAACCAACAAUUGUUUGGGCAAAUAUUAAAUACCACUUCAUCUAUAAAUUCCACGAUUUCUACAUUUAUUAGUGGAUUAAACAACACUAUAGUAGAUGUAUUCAGUGCUGUUCCAGUAAUAGAAAGUACUAUAUCAACAGUUGUUUAUUGUACUUUGGUUAGAAAAUUGGUUAGAAUUGAACAGGGAUUAACAUGGAUGAAUAAUAAUCUAAGGAUAAAUAUUCCAUCAAUCGGUUCUAAUUUACAGCAAGAUUUAGUUUCUCAAUUGAGCAAUAAUAGUCCCUUAUCACAAGAUCUAAAUACCUUGAUAAACAGGAUAUUAAAUGUCUAUAAGAAAUCAAUAAAGUUAGAGUUCUUCAUAAGUAUUAUAUUCCUUAGUACCUUUGUACUUCAAAUUUUGAUAGGUCUAUGCAUUUUAAGUAUACAAACUUGGCUAAAUAAGUAUAAUAGAUCCCAAGACGACUACAACAACAAACAAGGCACUGAUCCACCACAUUAUGAUCUAACUCAUAUUAGUUCUCCCAAGCCUUUAUCCUUAGCUCAAAAACAUGAAUAUGGAUACCCUUUUACUAAUCCAUACGAAGACAAAGUCAAUGAUAAAUUGACCGCCUCUAGCAGAUACCCAUCUAGUCUUGAAUCUAUAUGACAAAAUACAUAAAUUAAAUUUCUUAUUUCACGUAAUAAACUUUAUUUAA